AAUUUGGUUUUUUUUGGUUAUUGCUUCUUCAAUCUCUUCAUUUCACCGUUGAAUCUGAAAAUGAUCACCGGAGUACUUCGCCGAUCUUCCCUGCCGUCGGGGCAGACACUCUCCGCUGCGUUGACCUCCUUUGAUUCAUGUCUUUCUCACCAUCUCACUCCAGCCUCCACCGCAGCCUCAAUCACUCCUCGAUUCACUGUCGCAUCGUCUCCGAACUCAUUUGGUAUUACAGCGAGGGACUUCCACAUUAGAUCUGAGCCGCCGAUGUUUGUUCCCGCAGGAAUCGUGUCACAUGGUUACGCCACUGCGCGAGAGAGUAGCUUCAGAGAUUCGAAAAAUGUUGGUAUCAGCAAAACCGCAAAGGUUAAAAUUUCUCCAGUGAAUGUCAAACCAUUAAGUAGGAAGGAGAUCGCUCUCCAGAAAGAGGCAGCAGAAGAAAGCACAUCAAAGAUAAAAGGAACCAAGAUUUGCAUAGCGAUUCGGUCUUUCGAUAACCCGGAAAAGCACGCUUGGUCUCUCCCUCCUCACACCCGUAAGGUUGCAAUGCCGGACACAAGGACGCUGUACACUGUGCUACGGUCGCCUCACGUCGAUAAGAAGUCUAGGGAACAGUUUGAAAUGCGGUUCAAGAAAAGGCUUCUUGUCAUCAAAGCUCAGAGUCACGAGCUGAGCAAGAAGCUGUUCUGGUUAAAACGUUACCGUAUUCUUGGAGCGCAGUAUGAACUCCAGUUCCAUUGCAAGACCCGUUUGGACAUGACUAAAGUGUUGAGCAACAUUGAUUGAUGGCUUCACUAAUGAGAUGUUGCUAGAAGGUAUAAUUUUGAAGAAGUUUUCAAGACGCAAACCGGGUAGGUUUUGACCCGACUCUGCAAUAAUUUCGAAACCUUAGUGAUCCCAAGAACUCAGCUUUGCUUCAGAUCAGAUCCUGUAGCUCUUUUCUUGCUUAGUAUAAAAACGUGUUUUCUUUUUGGGGAACGAUUUUUAAAGAUCAAUUGAGUUUCAGUGACAUAAUGCUUUCAGUA